AUGUUAGUGAUACUUACUGGUCUACGCAACGUUUUAUACAAGACGGUGACGAAGUCAAUGCCUGCUGUCAACAAGGUUCAAAGCCGUCGGAUGAAGUCCCUCGACAUUUUUUUCUUAAUGAUGACACACCUUGCGGGUGUUGGGGUAUAUAUCACCUUUGUCCCGACCGCAUGGUGGAUCCACCCAUCACCGGACGCUCACCACAACUCCAAUGAAUUACUCAAACUUAUUGCUGUCUCAACAUAUAUUGGCAAUUUCAUUAAGAACUUAUUCGCGUGUCCGAGGCCUGCCGGUGUGUGGCAACCAAAGAAAGAAAUUGAUUUUGGAAUGCCCUCGAACCACACAAUGAAUGCAGUGGCGAAUGCCCUCUUUUUAAUCGACGUGCUCAACCCAAAUUGGGUUGGGGUCAUAUUUUUGUUGUGCUACGCUCUUGUCGUUGCUGUAAGCAGAGUGUACACAGGGGUUCAUACACCAGCUGACGUCGUUGUAGGAGCAAUGUUAGGGAUUUUCUCGUUUGGAUUUUACAAACUCUUCCCAGACCUUCCACGUACUUUCACAUUUGUUGUGAUAUUAUUUGUCGUUCACUACGUGUUGCUGACAUUACAUCCGUUGUGUUUCUCGCGAUACACUCCAUGUUACUGGAGAUCUACGGUUGGGUUGGGAUAUUGUCUUCUCUGCUUCAUUUUGGACGUCGCCGAUUACCACACUGAUGUCGAAGACACGCCACCGUACUCGUGCUCGAUCAAACAUCCCUUCGAGUUGUGUAAAGCGUUUGCAACAGGCGGUUUAGUCACUUCGGUUUGUGGGAUUGUGUUCUUACUUCUUCGGUGGUUCCUUUCGAAACAAACUACAUUCCUUGACAAGUACGGGAAGUUUUCAAACAAAUUCAGAGCUUACUGUCAUUUAGACCCGCUUGAGUUUGACGAUAACAUGAACAUGACAAGCAGAAUUUAUACAGUGCAAUUUUUCACGUAUUACAUCAGUGGAAUGUUGAUCGCAUUUUUCGCUACAGUGAUUUCCCCGAUUGUUGUACAAAAGUACAUCCCUAAUUUGUUCACAAAGGAUCUCUGCAGCACUCUAGCGUCAAGUAAAUAA